CAUACCAGUUGUAGGGGUUUGUUCCACACGGAAAGAAACGCAUGCACUCUCGCCGCUCCCUUUCCUCUUCGGCUACCCAGUCUCAUCCAGCCCAGCUGGCUUCAUAGCUGGCGAGCGACUAGUCUAAUCUCACCAACAGAGCUGCACCGGCCCCCCGCAACACUACGGCCCUGGACACGUUUUCCGCUCACGGACUAUUUAAACAAAUAAAACGAUUUUCGAGGAAAGGGGGUGAAAUCUAACAGAAAAUAGUUGAAAAUGAUUAAGCUUUUUUCUCUUAAACAGCAGAAAAAAGACGAAGAGUCUGCGGGAGGAAACAGAACAGGAGCCGGUGGUAAAAAAGCAAGCGCGGCCCAGCUUCGAAUACAGAAAGAUAUCAAUGAGCUCAACCUCCCAAAGACAUGCGAGAUCCUCUUUCCUGACCAGGAUGAUUUACUGAAUUUCAAACUCGUCAUUUCGCCUGAUGAGGGAUUUUACAAAGGGGGAAAGUUUGUCUUCAGCUUUAAGGUUGGACAAGGGUACCCUCAUGACCCCCCGAAGGUGAAGUGCGAGACCAUGGUGUAUCACCCCAAUAUCGACCUCGAGGGCAACGUCUGCUUGAACAUCCUGAGAGAGGACUGGAAGCCUGUGUUGACGGUAAACUCCAUCAUAUACGGAUUACAGUAUCUAUUUUUGGAGCCGAACCCGGAGGACCCGCUCAAUAAGGAGGCAGCGGAGGUUCUACAGACCAACCGACGCCUGUUCGAGCAGAACGUCCAGCGGUCGCUAAGAGGCGGAUACGUGGGGGCCACUUACUUCGAGCGGUGUCUCAAAUAGUUCAGAAAACCCUCCCGUUAUAAAAAACAAAACAAAAAAAAAACAAAAAAAAAACCAGACCCUUACAACCCAAACACAGACAGAUACACAGACCAGGGGGAGACGCAUUGCCACGGAGGGCCACGGGGCGUCGGUCAGUGAAUGUUUCUCAGAACGUUGAAUUGGUGUACGCCACUGCAGCGCCCCUGGGUUUCUGCUGAGACUGACACACUGACCGAUUCUCACUCCAACAUGGACUGACAGCACUGACGCACACUCUACAGAUAUUUGCCUAAUGUUUUUGACAGAAGCAGUGGUACAUUCUGAACAUACUGGGGAGGCUUCUCUUGACCUUCAGACCCAACCUUAUGGACUUCAUGCAGACUGUGUUGACUCCGUCACGGGCCUAACACAGGGACGCACACACACACGCUCAGAGACAUGCAUGCGCACACCAGCACACACGCUUACACUCAGAAACAUGGGGGCGCUCGCAAGCGCACACACUCGGAGACGUGUGCGUGCGCAGACAAGCACACACGCUUACACUCAGAAACGUGCAUGCGCACAUAUCCACACAUUUAUUCACUCAGAAACACACACACACACACACGCAGUACUCACAGAUGCAUAGACUGAUAAACAGACGUGAUUGGCAGACAGUAAUGCAUACAGGGCUUGUGUGGGAUUGGGAGAUCUAUGUUUUUUUGUUUUAUGGUUUUUGGAGGGGGUCUUACUUUGAUUUGGGGAGGGGAGGCGGGGCAGGGGCUUAAAAUGUUAUUGUAAUGUUGCAUAUAUUGAAAUCCCAGCUGUUAACAAUGACUGCAAUAUGAAUAAUAUAAAAUAAAAUAUGAACAUGAAUGAUUCUAAUUAUAUUAUGUUUAAUACAACCCAUGACGUAUAUUUGAAGCUGGAUAAAUAAAAAUAGUUUGUUUUUUUUACAGAUUGUGUCGGUGAAUUCAGUGAAUUCAGUAUAAUUUGAUUGCCAGUUUACAUUGUAUUUACUUGAAUUUGCCUGUGUUACAACUGUGAUGUUUCCUGCUGUCUCAUCUAAUCUAAUUUUCAUGGUUAGCAAGCAGUAUCAUGUUUGCAAGCAAAAUGUUCGACUGAGCAGGGGAGGUUUGGUGUUAUUAAACGGACAAGCUAUGUUUGAAGCCCCA